UCAGCACUGUUUCUUCUAAAAUGGAUGCUGGUUUUUUCCACAAACACUACGCUGUCCUCAGCAGAAAAUCUGAGUUAUUAAUGACUAGGAGAGCAUGUGGGUUUCCUUCUAUACUAGAUCCUUAACAUUUCUGUGAAAUGCCCCCAGACUUUCCUGCAACGAACACGGACACUUCUUAAAGAUAAUGAUACUAAUACAUAAUAUGUAUUAAUCCAGAAAAAACAUAGCACAAGGCUAGGUCAGCACGAAAAGAAAAAGUCACGAGGACAAGGCCUGCGUUUCCAGUUAAGGAAGAGCAGCCAAGUUCAUCAUACGAAAGAGAAAACAUUGCAAGGGGAAGUCACUCUGCAAGGUGCUCGAGAAGGCAGCCAGGCCAGCUGCCUGCUUUGAACUCUCUGAACACAUCAUCAAAGUAAGGAACACAGAAAUGAACUGCACUUCUGCAUGCAACUCCAAUUCUAGUCUAGUUCUCAUUCAAAUGGUUGUUUACAUCCCAGUUUUCAUUACUGGAAGCAUUCUAAAUAUCUUGGCCUUGUGGGUAUUCUGCUGCAAACUGAGCAAAUGGACUGCAACUAGAGUAUACAUGACCAAUUUAGCCAUUGCAGACUUCUUAUUCCUCAUAACUUUGCCUUUCAAGAUAAUGUUUAGGGUGCAAAAUUGGAAAACACCUGUGUGUUUAUUCUUGGAAUCUGCAUACUUUAUAAACCGAUACAUGAGCAUCUUCCUUAUUACCAUCACAGCAGUGGAUCGACACAUGGCCAUCAAGUAUCCCCUCAAAGCAAAGCACGUGAGGUCCCCUCUGAAGUCAGCUGUUGCCUGUGGAGUCCUCUGGGUCAUAAUGAUAAGUAUUGUAUGUGUAACUAAAUACUCUGAAGUACGGAUGCAGCCAAUAGUUUGCUUUAGAAAGUGUUCCAUUGAGCCAUCAAAGCCUGCCUUUGCAUCAGUCAUUUGGGGGUUUGUUAUACCCUUAACAAUCUUGAGCUUCUGUUCUAUUCAAAGCACAAAGAAACUCAUGAGGAAGAAAGAGACACACCCAAAUGAAAAGAAGCUCAUCCAGAAAGCAAUCAACAUCAUUUUUGCAAAUAUGGCCGUGUUCAUCAUUUGCUUUUUGCCUCUCCAUGUUGCACACUUUGUUCGGUUUAUAGCUGAUUCCAUGAAAGCCAGCUGCAUUGCAAUACAUAAUAUUGCCCACUUUCUACAAGUUGCGGGAAUUAUUGCCAACACCAAUUGCUGCUUUGAUGCUAUUUGCUAUUACCUUGUAAACAAGGAAUUUCAGGAAGCUUCUGAGAUCAAAUAUUGGACCAGGACUCUGAACUCUGAAAUCAUCUAGUAAAGGGAUGAGCCUAAGAACUGCUGCACACCAAAAUCUUCACAAUGCUAAGAACUACAAAAUCACCCCCAACUGAUGGUUUCCUUUCCCCAAAAGUGCUGCAACAAUACUUUCUCAUCUUUACUGCCUCAGUAGCCCUCCUCAGGCCUUAGAAAGUUGUGUGGCCUCCAUCAGCAAGCAGUCCCUGUGCGGUUGUUGAUGGAACUGCCUCGGGGAUUAUAAGUCAACACCCACCAUUAGGGCGAAUGUGGGGAAUUUAGCUCAAAAGAGGAGACAGUUCCAAUCAGCCUUAAUUUGUACAACUGUAUGAACUCAAGAAAAUCAGCCUGGGAGAGAAGUUUUAAUUAACAAAAGGAGUUUAUUGUAAGAAAACAAAUAAAAGCAAUAAGACUAAGCUACCUAUGCUACUAGGUGGUACUAGCAUAAAAGUACUACAAAUAUUGUAUUGUGCAGUCUAGAACGUGAACUCCAGUCUUAGCAGAACUAGCUUCGUUAGUCUGGAUGCCAGCCAAUGAGUGGGAUUUCUGUAUAGGGAUAAUCCAUUACUGGAAUUCAGACAUAAGCACUGGCCUUAUGGGAAGUGGCUGCUGGGCUUCUGCCUUUGAUUGAUGGUCAGCCGCGGCAGCCAAUCACAACGGAGAGAAGGAGGAGCCUCUUUCCCUCAAUUCUGGUCCCAGGGAAGGCUGCCUCCAUUACUGAAUUUGGGUGUAAUGCAGGCAGCCACAAACUGGAGGCCAGGGCAGUGAACCUCACAUCAAACUGAGGGUUCAAAUUGGAGUUUGGUGAGUGAGUGAACCCUUGGGUUGAGUUAGGAUCCAAACUGCAUGUUCCCGCAUUUGGAUGUUGAUGUUUGUGGACUUCUGGUUAUUCUGCCUCCAGUUCCUUUUUAUGUCUGAAUCCGGCCCUGGUCAAAUGCAGUGUGCAUCAAGUGACGGAGUUCAAGGACUGCAAGUUGCUGUCAAAAAGAGUCAGAGCUGAUACUGGAAUGAGAGUAGGGGUGUGCAAACUGGCUUGAUGGCUUGGGGCUGAACCAAACCAACUCCUGUUUGGUCCGACCCCAGAUGGAACACCCCCAAAUGUUUGGGGGGUUUGUGGACCUAUUUUCAUUUUAAAAAAAAAAACUUUACUCCCCUUUGGGGAGUUGCUGGAGGCAGUGGGGGGGUCGGCCUUUGAUAUGCCCCCCUCCAGCUCUCCAAAAUGGCCACUAGGCUGGAGAAGGCUGAAAACUGGUCAAAGAGCGGCUGAACCGGCCGGAGGGGGGCAUAUCAAAAGCUGGUGGGGGGAGGGGGAACCUCCACGGACCACCACCACCCCCGCCCCCUCCAGCAACUCCCCAAAGGGGAGUAAAGGGGUGUGUGUGUGUGUGUGUGUACACACACAUACACACAAAUAGGUCCGCGAACCCCCCCGGACCGAACCAAGCCGGGGUGGUUCGAGGGGGUGCCGGACCAAACUGGCCCGGUCAGGUUAGAGUCCGGUCCGGACUCAACCAAACCGAGCCAGCCAGUUCCAUGCACAUCCCUAAAAGAGAGAUGAGUAAUCACCGAGAGGACUCUCUGAAGGACUGGAUCACUCCUAAAACAGCUGAAGGAAUAGUCUGGGAUUGAACCCCCAGAACUGGGAAGGAAGAGCAGGACCUGAGGGACAAGGGACAAGCCGGGCUUGCUGCAGAAGCUGACAAGGAGUGAUUGCAAUUGGAUUCUUGGUAAUGCAGAGGGCCCAGUAUUAGUGCAGGAUAGACUGGAUGCAUUUUUAUCAUAUUUUAUUUGUUCCUUGUGCUCAUAUGGUUGCUGUUUUGUACUAAAUUUUCCCAAAGAACGAUUGUUUUGAAUUGAACUAUUUUAAAAUAAAGUUUUCUUUUUUGAAUGU